AUGUCAACAUUUCGUAGUAGAGAUUUUUCGUCGACACCAUCUGAUACUAUCGAGCGUAAGGCUAUUAAUCCAGCCGGACGUCUUGGUUCGCUUUAUGAUGGAUGUCGAGAUCGUAUAAUUCAUGAAACACAUCCGAACUGUCAAGAAGAGUGGUUACAGUCAUCUGAACCUGUAGAAUGUAAAGUUAUAAACGGCAAUAUGGACUUAAACUUCAAUAUUCUUCAAUCUAUUGAUAUUCAACAGGAAUUACGAUUAAGUUUAUUAUUGAAAAUGACGAAAAGAUCUGGAAUAGCAGAAAUUAUUUGUUAUCCUCAUCGUAUAGAUCAUUAUACUCGUUUCUUUUAUUAUUCUUGGACUGGCGAUAAACAACAACUUCUCGAAAAUGGAAUGCAUGUCCUAAAAAACAUGAAAAUAUGGAAUCCUGCACUUAAUGCUACUCAUAUGAUUACUUCAAUAACUUUUGGAAUCGAUACUCUUGUUGUUCUACAGUUACCAUCAGAAGAUACCGCUGUCAAUAAGAUCGAUCGUAUACUUGAAAAAAUUCGAGAUGAGCUUCUAAGAGACAAGAACAGCAUUUUGAAACUUACACCUGAGGAUAAUGACUUACUUGAAAAAACUUUCAAUACAAAAGUUUAUUCAAAUAUAUCUAGUUUAACCAGUUUAACUAAAGUUUCUGAUGUUUUUUCUCAAAUCAAUAAAAUCAAGAUGAAUUCAUGUUGUCGUUAUCCAUUAAGCUAUACUCUUCAGCUGGUCACAAAAUUAUGUCCUUCAGAUAGCAGAACAAGUAUGACAUUGUCACAUCCUUUACAAAUGAAAAAAGCAGAUCAAUUCAAAUUCUUAUCUUCUUUACUCCAAGAAAAACUUGAACAAUUUUUGCUUCAAUUAAGAAAUCCGAUACAAUAUGUAGAUGCAUCUCUGAAUGAAAGUAUACCAAAGUUAUUCUGUGGACAUCUAUCAAGCAAACUUAACAAAGCUAAUAUUCAAUGGUUAAGCUUGAAGAAUAAAUAUAGAAACAAUAUUCAACAAUUUUCUAAACUAAUAAUUGAUGCCCGCAGUGGUCUAGGAAAAUCUUUCACAAUUGAUCGAGCACUUCGUGAUAAUGUACAAAGAACAAUGAAAAAUGAUAUUAAUAAAUUGAUUUGUAAUGUAAAUGAGUUAGAAAAAAAAGGGCAUUUGAUCACAGGUUUGCACCAACAACAGUUUAAAUAUUGGAAUACCGCUGAAUAUAAUAUCGGCAAAAGUAAUGAUAUAAAAACAAUUGAACGCAUGCUGAUAAGCAAUGAUCGCCGUAGACGAAUUAUCUGUUCAAGUGAUAAUUUAAACGAAAAUAAUCCUUCAAAAUUGGUCGACUUACGUCGAACAUUAUUUGAAAAAUACAAAAGCAACCCAGAAUUGCAUCUUAUCUAUGCUGAUUUUUCUUAUACUUCGUUUCAAUUGCAUGACAUGAUGGUAUUAUCAUUGGAUAAAAAUGAUGAUAGUGAAAAUCAUUCAAUGCAAAGAGCAUCUUCUGCAGUUAGUGUUCUUCAGACUUCUCUAAUUUUACCAUCAUCUCCAUCACCGUUAUUAACAAAUGAUGAAACUAUUAAUAUUCUUCUUCUUGGCGAAACAGGAGUUGGUAAAUCAACAUUUAUCAAUGCUUUUGCCAAUUAUCUAAUUUUUCAUUCAUUUGAACAAGCCGAAUCAAAUGAACCCGUCGUAAUUAUUCCGGUCUCAUUUAUUAUAACGAUUGGUGAUAAUUUUGAAGAACGUAUAAUUAAAUUUGGCGAAGUUGAUUGUUUUAACAAUGAAAAUUUUAAUAUCUUCGGACAAUCCGUAACACAACAUUGUAAAUCUUAUGUAUUUGCUCUUAAUAAUGGUGAUAGUAGAAAGGUGCGCAUUAUUGAUUCACCUGGUUUUGGUGAUACACGAGGUCAUGAUCAAGAUGAUCGAAAUAUGGAACAUACUUUACAAUAUAUUAAUAACCUCACACAUUUGAAUGCUAUUUGUUUUCUUCUUAAACCAAAUGCAUCACAAUUGAGUUUUUCUUUUCGUACCUGUCUUAGUCAAUUAUUUUCUCUUCUUGGUCCAACAGCUCGUAAUAAUAUUAUCUUUUGUUUUACUAAUGCUCGAUCAACAUUUUACAAACCUGGAAAUACAGCUUCGUUACUUAAAAAUAUACUUGCAUCAAUCUCAAUGAGUGAUAUUUCUCUCAAAAAAGAGAAUACAUUUUGUUUUGAUAGUGAAUCAUUUCGAUAUUUAGUUGCUUUACAAAAUGAAGUUCCAUUCACUGAUGAAGAAAAACAAAAAUAUGACAGAAGUUGGUCUACAUCAGUCAACGAAUCUCAUCGUUUGAUUGAUUACAUUGAUAAAGAACUUACCGUAUAUCGUAUAGAGAACGAAUGGCAAUCAAUCAAACAUGCUCAAUUUGAAAUCUCUUAUAUGAUUCGUCCAAUAUUAGAAGCAAUGAGAAAUAUUCUUCGUAAUAUUAUCUUAUGCAAGAAGAAUAUAUCAAAUCAAUUCAUUGAAUUAAAUUCGAAACCUCUUCAUUUCACAGCUACUCGUUGUCGUUCUUGUAAAGAUAGUCUUCAACAAGUUGGUCAAUUUUGUAUUUUAUCUACUUGUCCGCAUGAAAUCCAAAAUGAGUGUUUCAUGUGCACAUGUACUAUCGAUCAACAUGUUCCAAUCAAUUAUAUUCUCGACCAUAAAUGUUCUAAUUUUAGUUCUAGUGAUCUUCAAAAUAGAAUGAUCAAUAUACUAAAUAAGUUGUGUCAUGCAAGUGUUGAAUUAGCUUAUUUUCUCAUUUCUACGACUUGUUCUACAAAAGAUGAUCCAUUUUUGAAUGCUUUGGUAGAAAUGAUUGUUGAAGAAACAUAUAUCUGUGAAAUUCAAACAACAAAUGAUUUCAAUAAGCAAUUGGUUCAAGAAUUGUCGAAACUAGAAAGUCAAUAUGAACAACAAAUGAGCAAAAUGAAAUCAACCAAUGAAAAUAUUGAUCUACCAGCUAUCGAAAAAUUGAUUAUGAACAUUAGUGAAUAUUCUAUAAUACGUGUACAGAUGACAGCUGUUAAGAAAGGACGACAGAUGAUGAUUGAAGAAUACGAAUAUGAAGUACAAAAAAUUUAA